AUGGCUUCGCUACGGGGUCUCUUGGUCAGCCUGCUUGCUGCCAGUACUACGGCCCUACCAUGGAUUGGACCUGCAGCCACGCCACUUGUCGGUACCAACGAAAAGGUGGACCAGCCGAGGACAACCGCGGCGGCACUCACGAACAGGUUUCGUCGUCGCGACUCCUAUCCUGUCAGCGUGUGUGGAUGGAUUGCCGGUGUUGCGUCCCUGCAGGCUUCGUGCUCCACGCAGUCGUCCUGUGUCUGGAACACUGACCUAGGCGUUGUUGGCUGCUGCGCCAUGACCUCGGAUGGCUGCGCUUUUUACACCUCAUGCGUCGAUAUCAAUUCAAAAAAGCCGAGUGUUGAUCGAAACGAUGUCUAUACGUGUCGGGGCACGUCUGUUUGCUACCUCAAUACUUACCCACAUGGGCUAGUACAUGGCUACGACACCGCUAAGUCGUUCCAGAUUGUGUUCACCGGAACAUCAUCAAACGCGAAAGCGACCACAAGUGUGGCGACUGAGUACACUACGCUAACGCUGACUGUAACACCGUCGAUUGUUUCGACUACUCCGACUACUUUGACUACCUCUACCCAAGGUUCAUCGACAGAUGACAGCUCAGGUGCAACUAGUUCGACCACGACAACCUCCAGCACCGGGGCGGAGGCUAGCAGCGACUCACCCACCCCCAGUGCAUCGGCGGAACCAGCGCCAAAGGGCACACCGACUGGGGCUAUAGCUGGCGGAACGGUGGGGGGUUUCGCUGGUGUUGCGAUCCUGGCGACGAUUUUGUUCUUUUUUUGGCGUAAAUACAGGCGAGGGAACGACGAAAAAGAGGAACGCCAGGGAGAGGUGGUGAUGAGCGUAGGUGGUCCAAUCGCUGAGUUGGAGAGCCCCAAACCAUCCCCAGCACCGGUUCAUGACAUCAGCGCCAUUUCCUCGCCCACAAUCGGACGGUACUCGAAUGCAUCUACAACACGAACACCGGGCCGAAGCGAGCUUGUGGAGCUUCCAUGA